CAGCAUCGGCCAAGCGGCGCCAUGGGGGUGAAGCUGGAGGUGUUCCGGGUCUGUGGCAAGCGGGGUCCUCCUGGGAUGAUGCUGUAUUUAUCUUUUCCUGUUGCUAUGUUCUGGAUUUCAAAUCAGGCAGAAUAUUUUGAAGAAUAUGUUAUCAAGCGGAAGAGAGAGAUAUAUCCACCUGAAGAUAAUUACCAGAGAAAAGAACUGGAAGACUUCAAAGAGAGAAUGAGGAAGGAACACGAGAAGCGGAUGCUGCAGUCAGCUAAGGAAUAACGAUGUAGCAUCAUCCCCUUUCUCCCCAGAGUUUGAUGCACUCUCAAGAAAGUUGUCAUCACAAAUCUCCUACUUUAACUUAAUAAAUGCCCUCUAAAACA